AAAACGAAUAAGUUUCUUUGCUAGACUAACAACGAGGCGUCUUUAUGCAUUGUAUUCUCUUCAUUGGAUUCUAAUGUUUAUAGACUACAGAACUCCUUUACCAAGUCAAACAAAUUAAAGCCAGUAGUUAUCAAACAGCAAUGAGCCAUUCAAACCAUCAUAAAAAGAAGCUUUGUUUUUGCAACUGGCUUCUGAUUUUAAAGUCGUGCAAACAUGCCUCUCAAGUUCCUCAAUCUCCUCCUCUUCUUCCUCCUCCUCCACCACCACCACCACCACCAGACAUCUGCCGACGUCGGUACCGCAGCAUAUUAUGGCCCACCAUAUCUUCUUGUACAUUAACAUCCACAGCAACAGUUUGUUAUGGUGAUGAUCCAAGUCAAUUUCCAGCAGAUAACAUUUUUGCUGCUGCUGGGGAUGGAAUUUGGGACAAUGGAGCAUGCUGUGGGAGGCAGUAUUUGGUGAGAUGUCUCAGUUCAUCCCCAGAAUCAUGCAUUGCUGAUCAAACCAUUCGAGUUGAAGUCAUAAACCAGGCAUCAAUGUUGGACUCUAAUCCUUCACUGAAUGGCACCACCAUGACCCUCUCAGACGCUGCAUUUCUGCAAAUUGCCAAUAAAUCUUCUCCAGUUAUCAAUAUUGAAUUCACACAGAUCUGAUUGAAGAUGCAAUUGAGUCAAAUUUAUUGUAUUUUUUUAUGGAAUAAGUCAAAGUGGAUGGAAUCAGUUAUAAUAAGAUUGUAAAGAGAUUAUCCUUUUGGCUGCUUGAAUUUUAUAAUAUAUAUUUGUGUUAUUGUA